AUGAUAAAAUAGAAAAUAUAUUUCAAAGAUUUAGAAGAAUUUUUAAGCUCUUCGCUUUAAUCUCAUAAAGUUCUUUAUAUUAAUUAAAAUGGAAAUUAAAUUGGCUCAAUUGGCGCAUCAACCUUAGCUUCUGCUUUAGAAAAGUGUACUAAUCUCUCGAAUUUGACACUUACUCUAAAUGAGAAUUCAAUUGGUUCUGAAUCUGCAUCAUGCUUAGGUUUUUCUUUAGUAAACUGCACUAAUCUCUCAAAUUUGACACUUGAUCUUAGUGAAAAUUUAAUUGGUAAUAUCGGAGCAUCAGGCUUAGGUUCUGCUUUAUCAAAGUGUACCUUUCUGAAAAAUUUGAAUCUUAAUCUAAAGUGGAAUAAAAUUAGUGAUGAAGGAGUUUCAGGCUUAGGUUCUGCUUUAGCUAAGUGUUCUAAUCUCUCAAAUUUAGCACUUAAUCUUAGCGGAAAUUAAAUUGGUGAUAAAGGUUUAUCAGACUUAGGAUUUGCUUUAGAAAACUGCACUAAUCUCUCAAAUUUAACACUUUAUCUUCGUAACAAUAUAAUUUGUGAAGUUAAUGAAUCAUGCUUAGGCUUCGAUUUAGAAAAAUGCAUUAAUCUUUCUAAUGUGAUACUUGAUCUUUCUGGAAAUUAAAUAAGUGAUUAAUGCGCAUCAGACAUAGGUUCUGCUUUAGCCAGGUGCACUAAUCUCUCUAAUUUGACUCUUGAUAUUGAAAAAAAUAAAAUUGGUGUAAUUGGUGCUUAAGGUUUAGGCUCUGCUUUAGCAAAGUGCACUAUUCUCAAACAUUUGGAACUUAAUCUUAAUGACAAUUAAAUUGGCGAUAAAGGUGCAUCAGGCUUAGGUUGUGAGUUAGCAAAGUGCACUAAUCUCUCAAAUUUGUCACUUUACCUUUCGUGGAAUUAAAUUGGCGAUGAAGGUUCAUUAGGCUUAUGUUCUGCUUUAUCAAAUUACACUAAUCUCUCUAAUUUUGAACUUCACCUUGAUUAUAAUGAAAUUGGUUCAAUUGGUGCUUAAAGUUUAGGUUGUGCUUUAGCAAGCUACACUAAUCUCUCUAAACUCGUACUUCAUCUUAACAACAAUUUAAUUGGCUAAAUUGGUGCAUCAGCCUUGGGUUCUGGUUUGCAAAACUGUACUAAUCUCUCAGAUUUGACAAUUUAUCUUAGUGGAAAUUAAAUUGGUAAUGAAGGUGCUUCAGAUUUAUGUUUUUCUUUAUAAAACUGUACUAAGCUCUAAAACCUGACACUCGUUCUUAGGAGGAAUGAGAUUGGGGCUAUUUCAGCAGGCUUAUGUUCCAUUUUAGAUAAAUGCACUAAUCUCUUAAAUUUGACACUUGAUGUCUUUCAAAAUUAAAUUGGUGAUGAAGAUGUGUCAGACUUGGGCUCCACUUUAGAAAAAUGCACAAAUCUCUAAAAUAUUUCACUUGAUUUUAGUCGCAAUAAUAUUGAUGCAAUUGGUGCAUUAUUAUUAGGUUCUGGUUUAAGAAAGUGCACUAAUCUUUUAAAUUUGAGACUUUGUCUUAAUAAAAAAUUAAUCAAUAAAUCAGAAUAAUUGAUGGUAAUGAGCAAGUAUCUUAAAUUAAAAAGAUUAGUUGUCUUUAACUUAUUUUUCGAUAUUUGA